AUGGAUCUGGACCAUUUCGGAGGAACCUUCGGAGGAAAUCGCAAGCCUACCCCGUUCAUGUGCCUCAUUCUCAAGAUGCUUCAGAUUCAACCAGAGAAGGAGAUUGUGGUCGAGUUUAUAAAGAACUCAGAUUACAAGUACGUGCGGUUGCUUGGAGCGUUUUACCUGCGGCUGGUGGGCAAGCCAAUGGACGUGUACCAGUACCUGGAGCCACUGUACAACGACUAUCGGAAAGUGCGGAGAAAACUGGAAAGCGGAAUGUUUGUGUUGUCGCAUGUCGACGAGUUCAUAGAGGAGCUUCUCACGCUCGACUCCAGCUGCGACAUCGCCUUGCCUCGCAUACCCCGCAGAUGGACGUUGGAAGCAGCAGGCCAGUUGGAGUUGAGAAAGAGUGGGUUGGAUUAUGAGGAGAUGGAGGAGGAAGAGGAAGAGGAGGAGGAGGAGCCAGAAACAGUUGCUGAUAAGGUACUUGUUGCUGCUUUCGUUCAUCUGAGCGGUGUUUGGGACCGGGAUCGAGACAGGGACAGAGAAAGAGGCAGGGAGCGAGACAGAGACAGGGAUAGGGACAGAGAUAGGGACAGAGAUAGGGAGAGGGACAGGGAGAGGGACAGGGACAGGGAUAAGGAUAGGGACAGGGACAGGGAUAGGGACAGAGAUUGGGCAAGAGACAGGGGUAGGGAGAGAGACAGAGACAGGGACAGGGAUAGGGAUGGGGGAAGAGACAGGAGCAGAGAGAGAGAUAGGGGUAGGGACAGGGAGAGAGACAGGGAUGGGGACAGGGACAGGGAGCGGGAUAGAGACAGGGACAGGGAUGGUGAUUCGAGGAAACGUGAUCGGCGAGAUGAGACGGCUGAUGAGACCAACUUCACCCAGUUGAAGACCACCUUCUCAAAGAUUGACAAGUGCGAAGACCCUUCUCGACAAAGCCAGUUGCUGGACGAUGUCACGCCAAAACUAAGAGAGUGCAGAAGGUUGAUUCAGGAAUUUGAGCGUGACAUGAAAGACCAAGAAGCCAAGAACUCACCGGAAGUGAACAAAUUGCUACAGGAGAAGAAAAGGACCCUUGUGAAAGAUCUGAAUGCCUUCGUCACUCUCAAAAAAACUUACCAAAGCGCUAUUCAGGAAGGCCAGAAGGUGAAGCUGAGUGAAGAUGGAAGAACAGCUGAAGUUGUGGGGGCUCCCAGGCUUGCAUCGGCGAUGACAAAUGCUCAGCUGAUGGAGGAGGGAAAUCACGUCAUGGGACAAAUGGACCAAUCUGUUUUAAGAUCCAAGCAGGUAGUUGAGAACACUAUCAACAUCGGGGCAGCAACAGCUACGACUCUGAAGGGACAGACGGAACAAAUGGAGCGAAUUGUUGAUAAGCUGGAUAAUCUAGAAUUCUCCCUUAAGCGGACAACCAAGCUUGUGAAGGCAUUGGGCCGACAGAUGGCAACCGAUAAAUGCAUCUUGGCAAUGCUGGCUUUUGUUAUUCUUGGAGUGAUUGCCAUCAUAAUCGUCAAGAUUGUAGACCCCCAUAACAAGAAGCUAAGUGACUUUGGUCCCCAGGCUCCUCCAGCUUCAAACUGA